CUGAGAUUCAUUUUGUGAAGUUAAAGAGAAACUCUCGGUCAUCAUGGCAAAUCAUGUCGUGCUUUUUGGCUUCCUCUUUGCCUUUUUGGCUACAGGAAACUCUUUAACAUGCAUGCAAUGUAGUACCGUAUCAGAAACUUCGUGCAGUGGUGCACCUCAAGUAUGUAACAAUAAUGAAGCUUCUUGCAUUGAUAAAUUGGAGAUUACCAAAGUGGGAAAUCAAACCCUUACUGGUUUCAGUCGAUCUUGUAACGAUGACCCCAAUAUCUGUGACAAAGAUUUUCAAAUGGUCGGCGGAAUUCAAAACACAUUCAUAACAACAAAAUGCUGUAACACGGACAACUGCAACAAGCAUGAAAUCCAAGUUUCCGAGCAUAAUAACACAGUUAACGGAGGUCUCUGUGAAGUGUGUUAUGGUUUGGAUUCCUACGAGUGCAAUAUUAAUGGUUACAUACAGUGCAGAGGAGAUCUAACAGAGUGCGUUGAUAUUGCAGUAACUUUGGAGAAAAUAGAUUCAUCUACAUUUAAAUUUUCACUAAAGGGAUGUGCCACACCUCAUGCAUGUACACUUGGACCCAAAAUGAUAGCUGCAGCUAAAAUAGUGGAAGAAAAGCGGUUGUCAUGCUCCCCUGCUAAAAGGAUUGUUCAGUGAUGACACAAAAAUAAUCUAGAAAAAAUAUGUAUCAUGCAGUGAAAAAUGCAACAUUGUGAUUAUAGCACAAUACGGAUUAAUCUAUAAUCAAAGUGUAGGGUUUAAACAUAGAUAAAUUGUCAAAACUUAUUUUGAAAACAUUAUUACUAAUCUUCACAAAUUUACACUUCUUUCCCUGUAAGGAAUUUAAGAAUAAUGGGCUUUUGAAGAAA